ACCCCUCAGGUUAUGGACACGCUGCACCUGGCACUGACGCGGGCAAGGCCUUCUGCAUGUUCUACGCUGUGCUGGGCAUCCCCCUGACGCUGGUCAUGUUCCAAAGCCUGGGAGAGAGGAUGAACACCUUCGUGCGUUACCUGCUGAAGCGCAUCAAGAAGUGCUGUGGCAUGCGCAACACCGACGUGUCCAUGGAGAACAUGGUGACUGUGGGCUUCUUCUCCUGCAUGGGGACACUGUGCAUCGGGGCAGCCGCCUUCUCCCACUGCGAGGACUGGAGCUUCUUCCACGCUUAUUACUACUGCUUCAUCACGUUGACUACCAUUGGGUUCGGGGACUAUGUGGCGCUGCAGAGCAAGGGCGCCCUGCAGAAGAAGCCGUUGUACGUGGCCUUUAGCUUUAUGUACAUCCUGGUGGGGCUGACAGUCAUCGGGGCCUUCCUCAACCUGGUCGUGCUCAGGUUCCUGACCAUGAACAGUGAGGACGAGCGGCGGGAUGCUGAGGAGAGGGUGUCCCUGUCUGGAACCCGCAACAGCAUGGUCAUCCACAUCCCCGAGGAGGGGCGGCAGGACCAGCACAGGGGCAAGGGCGAAGCUGCCGACCUGCAGUCCGUGUGCUCCUGCACCUGCUACCGCUCGCAGGAUCGUGGUGGCCGCUCCGUGGUGGUGCAGCAGAACUCCAUCAGUGCCAAGCUCACCCCCCAGUAUUUCCCCUCCAUCUCUUACAGGAUCGAGGAGAUUUCACCAAGCACACUGAAAAACAGCCUCUUCCCGUCCCCUCUCAGCUCCAUUUCUCCCGGGUUACACAGCUUUACCGACCACCACCGGCUGAUGAGACGUCGGAAGUCCGUUUAGGGGAACUAACUGCAGAUUCAAGAGAGGCGUCCGUGGAUGCUGGGUCACUGCCAAAGCCGAGCAAGGCUGCGGGAUUUCUGACCUCUCACGUGGACCUCUCCUGUGCUGGGCGAGCGUCAGCCGGCUUUCCCCGACCCGUGGGGUUGGUUCAGCCACGCACAGAGAUGAGGCACAGAGGAAGUGCUUGCUGUGAGGCUCCUGCAGGCCAGUCGG